AUGCCUAUGCCAAGUAUGGACAGUGUGAAAGUAGCAGUACGAGUGCGGCCUUUUAGUCAGAUUGUUUUGGCUUUGCCAAACACGGAAUUCUACAGUGAAGUCAACUGGGAUUCUGCUAGGGAUAAUACUAAAUGGAAGUUCUCAAUGAGAGAGAAGAAUUCUGGGAGCAAAUGUGUGAUCUCCAUGACUUCCAGGACCACCACAACUAUACAGGACCCCAAGAAUCCAGAGCAUGUAAAGAUAUUUACUUUUGACCUGGCCUAUUGGUCUCACAGUGGAUUCCAAAAGGAUAAAUAUGGUGUACUUAUUUCAGCUGAGCCUAACAGUAACUUUGCAAGCCAGAGAGAUGUUUUCCAUGAUCUUGGCAGGGAAAUUUUGAACAAUGCCUGGCAAGGCUAUAAUGCUACCCUCCUGGCUUAUGGCCAAACUGGCUCUGGAAAAAGCUAUUCCAUGGUUGGAUUUGGUGCAAACAAGGGGAUCAUUCCAAAUCUGUGUGAAGAGCUCUUUCAAGCAAUUGAGAAUCGGGAAACAAAUCAAGAAUACCAGGUUACAUUCAGCAUGCUGGAAAUUUACAAUGAGCAGGUAAGAGAUUUGCUGUCGAGAAACAAGAAAUCCGGUAUACUAAAAGUAAGGGAAGAUCAACAGUUGGGCUUUUAUGUGGAUGGUCUGAAAUCAGUGCCUUGUGAGAGCUAUGCACAAAUUGAAAGGCUGAUAGAGCAAGGAAUAAAAAUAAGAACAACAGCAUCAACCAACAUGAAUGCCAGCAGCAGUCGAUCCCAUAUGGUCAUCACCAUUCAGUUCAAGCAGGUUUUCCUAGACAGAGACCUCACCAAACAAUCCAGGAUUCAUUUGGUGGAUUUAGCAGGAAGUGAAAGGCAGAAAUCUUCAGGAUCUGAAGGGGACAGACUACGGGAAGGAUCACGAGUUAACUUAAGUUUAACCAGUUUAGGAAAUGUUAUCAGUACUCUCGCUGAUGCUGCCAUGGGGAAGAAAGUCUUGCACAUCCCCUACAGAGAUUCUGUUUUGACCAAACUGCUCCAGUCAGCUCUGGGUGGCAAUAGCAGAACUACAUUGAUAGCAGCCAUAAGUCCAGCUGACAUCUGCUAUGAAGAAACUUUAUCAACACUGAGAUAUGCUGAAAGAGCAAAGAAGAUCCGGAACAAAGCAGUGGUGAACACCUGGAAGCUGAUGAGAGAGUCCAGGACCGAGAACAACAAGCUUCUCCUUGGAUGCAAGAGCUCCAGAAUGGCAGAACAGCCACCGUAUUACCUGGAAGAAAACCAGUGUGGGAUUCACAUCAGCCAGAUGAGCUGGGCACACCGACUGGAGCAGGCUCGAGAAGAGUGGGGGCAGCAGUUUAUAACCAUUGUGCAGAAGCAGCAGAUGAUGACAACCUUCCCUCACCUCCUCAACGUCAAUGAGGACCCCCAGCUCACUGGCGUGCUCAAGUACUUCAUUCAUACUGGUUCAUGUGAUGCUGGUCAGGCUGCUUCAAAUGCUAUCACACUUCAAGGUCUGGGAAUUUCAGAUAAACAUGCUUCCUUCACAAAUUUGGAUGGUAAUGUUACAGUAACUCCACACAGCAAAUGCAAAGUUGUUAUUAAUGGAGUGCCGAUCACAACGAAGACAAAGCUACAGCAUUUGGACCGCAUUAUUUUGGGAUCCAACAGUGCCUACCUCUACAUUGGGUUUCCUUCUGAGCGAGGCAGUGAGGACUUGAGCAGAUUUGAUUAUGACUUUUUCCAGCUGGAGAGAGCAGCUGCAGAGGGCAUGAGUGUGGACAAGCUCGGUUCCAUGAAUAACAGAGAUGGAAAAGCAGACCAGAGUGUCCUGGCUGUGUUCCAGGACUAUGUUAAACUGAUGCCUCUAGUUGCAGAAGCAAAUCAAAUGAGUGAAGAGUUGAAGAAGGGACUGCAAAUGGAAUUGAAAGUGAAGAAUUUGGCAUCGUCAGAUUCCAGGGGCUAUGACCUACAGAAGGAGGUCAUAGUGAAGGUGACCAACAAGAGGACUCAUGAGGUGUGGAUAUGGUCAAAGGCCAAGUUUAUUAAUAGAAAAUUCCUAAUGGAGGAACUUUACCAGUGCUUUCUAAAUGGAGGAGACAGCCAUGUGGCUCAAGAAGUGGACCCUUUCUGGGACCCUGCUGAGGUUGUGUACUUGGGAUCGGCUCACAUCUGGCUCCAAUCACUUGCCUACUGCAUGAAGUUCAAGGAGCAAGUGGAGUUUCUGAACUAUGAGGGACUGGAAGAGGCCACGUUGCAUAUCCACAUAAUCCCCUGCUCAGCAACUGGACAAGCACGUGGUGAGGAGGAUGUAGUGCUUGACCCUUUGGAGUUGCUGGGCAAGAGGAUUGAUUUCAAGAUUCACAUUGUCCGGUGCCUUGGUGUCAAGUGGCUGAAAGAAGAUGCAAAGCGGGGCAUCCAGAUUGGGUACAGAAUUUAUGAUCUUCCAAACACUUUAUAUACCAAGCCUAUAUGGAAAAUUGUGCACCCCCAAAUUGAAGAAACUGUACAAUUUACAGCCUUAAAUGCAUCUCAGGAAUUUCUGAAUUAUUUACAGACAAAUGCUCUCAUUGUUGAUUUAUGGGGCCUUCAAGAAGGCUGUGCCGAACUCAACUACUUUCCACAGGGCCUCAUGGUCACAGGCGAAGGCCACAUCAUGGUGGACACCAAGAAAACUUCCACUGGGCUGGGUACAGGCCAGACUAUGUCAAGUCAGAUAUCAGAACUUUAUCUGAAGUUGCUCAAGUUAGAACAGGAGACAGAACUGCUCAGAAACAUCAACAGAGUCCUAAGAGAAGAAAAUGUGUUUCUCAAAGAAUCCCUGGUGAAAACUAGUUCUGGUCAACAAGGUGAGAGGCUUCAAAUAAAUGGGAUGGCAGCACAAGUGCCAUCAGUCAAAGAGAUUAACAGAAUGUGUGCUCAGCAAGUCAACAACGAUGGAGAACUUGCUAAAGCUCUUAAAGUGUUCUACCGAAGCAUGAACAUGGCCAGAGCACAGUUCUGCAGGCUGAGACACUAUAAGCCUCCUGGCGAUGAUCAAAUGCUUCGACCAUUUAUAAACCAACAGUCACAAAUGUUAAAGGACUUUGGGGACCUAUUUGAAUCCAGCUUGUGGAAACUGAAAAAUGAUGUUGCUAUUAUAGUGAAAAAGAAGAACAUUUACUGCCUACCAAAUAGUGAGCACACCCCAAGUGAAAACUAA